CGGAUGGCGGCGGGCUGGGGAGAGCCUGGGCCCGCCGGGCCGGUGACCUCAGCACUGUUCGGAGAGCCGCGGGUGUUUACGGCCCAGAGGAGGAGCGAGAAUCCCGGAGAGGGUCGACUCUUUUCUGUCCCACUGUGUUUCUUGGUGCUCAUUGUCCUCUAUGUCCUUCUCUGCAAUCAACUGUGUAUGCAGCUGUGUUGGAAGGCAUGUCUAGCCUCAAGGCAACCUCGUGAGAGCCUGUGGCCCACGGUACCCGGCUCCCUGCACUUCCAGGGUUACAGCAGCGUGCCCGAUGGCAAGCCUCUGGUCCACAGGCUGUGUCGCCGCUGUGCCCUGGUGUCCAGCUCUGGCCAGAUGCUCGGCUCACACUGGGGACCAGAGAUCGAUGGGACGGAAUGUGUGCUGCGCAUGAACCAGGCCCCCACGGCAGGCUAUGAGGCGGACGUGGGGCACCGCAGUACUUUGCGCAUGGUGUCCCACACCAGUGUCCCCCUGCUGCUCCGCAACCAGUCGUACUUCUUCCAGCAAGCAAGGGACACCGUGUAUGUGGUCUGGGGUCCUGGGAAGCGCAUGAACCGUGACCAAGGAGGCUCCACCUACCGAACCCUGCUGAAGGUUAAGGAGAUGUACCCGGGGGUGCAGCUCUACACCCUCACUGACCACAUGAUGGCCUACUGUGACGAGGUCUUCCAGAACGAGACUGGCAAGAACCGGAUGAAGUCUGGCUCCUUCCUGAGCACUGGCUGGUUCACCAUGAUCCUGGCCAUGGAGCUCUGUGAGCAGAUUGUAGUCUAUGGCAUGGUUAGCGACAGCUACUGCAGAGAGAAGAGCCCUCCCUCUGUGCCUUACCACUACUUUGAGAAGGGCAAGUUGGAUGAGUGCCACACUUACCUAGUCCAUGAGAAGGCACCGAGGGGCGCCCACCGAUUCAUCACUGAGAAGGCGAUUUUCUCCCGCUGGGCCAAGAAGAAGCCCAUCAUCUUUACGCAUCCCUCCUGGCAGAGUGAGUAGGUCCCUCCAGGAACCGCGUCCUCCUCAAUCCAGACAGCAGGCCCGUCUCGCGGCCCAUCUCGGAGCCUGGCAGACAUGCUCUCCUGGUCCUGGGCCACCCUCCUGCCUAAGGGAGUGCGAGGCUCUCAUACUCCAUGGGGUAGCUGGAUCAGCGUGCUUUGGAUGGAUGACAUCCCUCUGACCUCUGAACUUUGAACCAAACUGGGAGGAAGAAGGAAUGCUCUCCCCCCCUCCACGGUAAUUAUUUUUUUUCCUGUUUUUAAGGAAACCUACCUUGAACUUUUGGAAGUUGGACAUUUACUUGAAUUUGGAAUCCAUUGGGAUUCCAAGGGGACUUGUGGACACUACUGGGGUCCGGAGCAGGCUGGUGCUUUGGUGUGUUAGGGCCUGGUCUGGACCCUCCUUGCUGUCUCCCAGUGUACCAGAGGUCCUGGGGGCAGGAAAUUGAACUUCUGAGAUAGGACUUGAGUGAGCUAGCAUUCUAUUAGCAGGAGGGGCUGGCAGGUUCGGGCUGGGAUGACAGAGUGCCCUCUCCUUUGGCUUCCUCUUCUACCCCCCCCCCCCCAAUCAGGAGGUGCAUCAGGAUACCUUGUGUGACCUUGAAUCUGGGUCAGACAAGCUCAAAAUGGGCAUAUGUUUUCGUGUCCCUUCACCAGCAUAGUGGGAUUUAACCCCAGCCAGGAGAGAACUUGAGGAUUACCUCCUCCGGGAAACCUGCUCUGGUACCUCCUCCCCACCCCGACUCCUCAGCUCCUGUUUCCUGUCUCCCCUUGCCUAGGAAAGCAGAGAACUCAACAUUCAGCCUAAUAACCUUCCUUGGCAGGCAGGUCAGACAGGAGGCAGACAGUCCAACAAGAGCAGGGUACAGAAUGCUCACUGACUCUCAUUGGCCGCUGGGGAGAAACAGGCAGCUUUUAAAACUUCUCUCACCCCCUUCCCAGGGUCAUAAGGUCAUAGGAUUUAGAGCUGGAAAGAGCUAAAAAGGUUUAAUGUGACAGUCCUGAGGUCACACAACUAGCAAAUGACAAGAGGCAGAAUCCAAAUAGUCUGACUCUAUGAAACUUCAAGGACUCCAGCAUUCAUUUCAGACUGCCUGGGGAUCAGAGCAGCUUGGGGGACAAAUGUGCUGCUUUCUGGACCAGUGUAUUCCACAUAUUUCCUUGGCUGGGUGAUCUUGGCAAAGUCACUUAACUCCUACCAUCCAGUUUUCUCAUCUGUAAAACAGGUCUCAUAAUAGCAUCUACCUCCCAGGGUUGUUGUGAGGAUAAAAUGAGAUAAUAUUUGUAAAGAGCUCGGCACAGAGCCUAGCACAUGCUGGCUUUUGUCAUCAUCCUCAUUCCCUCGCUGGGCUAUUUCCUGACUUUCUCUAACUGGGCCCGAGGGUUUUACCACAGAGCUCUCUACCCCUUAUUUUCUCCGGCAGUGAUCUGAACUAAAAACCAAAUUCUUCAGUGGAGGGCACCUCCUUCCUGGCUAAUAACUCCUAUAAUAGUAAUGACAAUAACCUCCAUAGUGCUGCAAAGCCCUCUACGUGCGCCAUCUUGUUGUAGCCUCACCGCAGCCCUGUGAGGUAGGUGCUGUUGGUGUUAUCAGUCCCAUUUUACAGAUGAGGGAACUGAGGCUUAGUAAUGAAGCCACUUGCCCAAGGGACCCUCCAGAACUGAGAUUUCACCACACACAGAAAAAGGCUCUCACCAGUCCCACAGCUCAGGGUCACAGGGAUAAGGAUUCCAACCAGGGAACUCUGGAGCCCGAGUCCGACAUUCGUCUCAGGAUACCAUCCACGCUUUCUGGGCUCCUCCGCAUGGGGCAGCAGGCCAGCUGCUCUGGAGCAGCAUCUCUGUCGGGAAGUAGCUCGCAGCAUCAUGGGCCUGGAGCUGGCAGCACCCACAGAGGUGGCCAAAUUCAGCCUGCUCAUUUUGUACACAGAGAAAUCAGUGUCGGCCAGGGAAGACGACCUGGCGAGGCUGCAUAGGGACAGCAGGUCCAGCCCAGUGUCCUGGCUCUACGACUCGUGGCCCUCAGCCAGCUUUUCCCAGCUGUUGCCCUCUGGGAUCUGCAGCGCUGCCAGGGCCACCUGGUCCAGCUGACGUCCCAGCCUGCGUCGCUGUGCUGUUCAGGCUCGGUGUCCCCUCGCUGUGUCCCUGUGGCCGGGCUGUGUGGGCCGAGGGGUGCCACAUGGGUGGGGGCGGUCCUUUUUGUGACGAGCCUCAGCGCCCCCCCAACAAAGACUUCAGUCCUGACGUUGGAUUGUGGGGUUUGGAGCCAAAAGGGCCUGAGAGACCAUCCAGGGUGGCCUCCCUCACUUGAUGGAUGAGAAAGCAGGCCGACAUGACUAGCCUGAAACCAUGUGGGCAGCAGAGCCAGAAUUUAGACCCGGAUUCUCAGGCUCCAGAGUGAGUGUUCUUUACCACAGCUGCCUCCACCUCUUCAUCCUAUCCUCACUCUGACCCAGGAAGUGGCAUUCAAAUUCAGAAGCUCUUUCAAACAUAUGGAUAUCCCAGACCUGGGCUGAGCUCCAGCCACCUCCCAUGAAGAGAAGGACUCUGGAAGUUUCCCAGAAGCUGACUUUGUCAGUCAAUCAGCCCCAGAGCUGAAAGGAUCCCUUUAACUCACCUGUCUCCCCUCCCUUGAGUUACAAAGUGUCCUUGGAUCAAAUACCAAAGCGAUUUGUCAAUAAAGUCACUUUGAAUGCUG